AGCAGCAGUAACAGCGGCGCGCGCUGUGAUUAAGUGCGGUUCAGGGUGCAAGAACUAAUGGAACUGUUCGUUCGGUCGGCGCAUACCGCGCAGCGUGUUUACUUAUUUAUUGGCACCCUGACGGCGGCGGAGUGAAGUUGUGCGGCUCAGACGCAGUGAUGGAUCACCAUCACCACCACCACGGCGGCAGGAGGACUUUGUACCCGUGAUCGUUUUUCUUCUUCUUCUUCUUCUUUUUUUUUUUUUUUGGAUUUGUACUAAAAGUUGGACGAUUACUCUGUCUAACUGCUUUGUUUGGUUGUAUCGGAUGUCGGUGUGUUUUUAAUGCCGACAUGGUGGAGGCAGAAGGGGAGCGCGGUACGGGAGGCGGGGUGUCACGUUAACGUUCGCGUUAUGGCGUUUAUUAGGAGUAAAAACGCGGAUUAUUGUUAUUAUUAUUUAGUGCUGGGUGUUGUAAUUGAAUUCUGAGGGGUUUUUUUAAUCCACGCUGAAGCCUGACUGCGGUCAUGUGGAGUCUGGCCACGGCAGCGCUGCAGCUGCUGCUGAAAUCCGUGAAGCAUGCUGCGGGUAAAGGACACAUGCAGCUGACCCGGUGGCUGCAGCGGCCGCAGGACUCGGUGGACUGCGAGAAGAUGGAGCUGCUGAUCUGCAGGGCGGACACGGAGGCGGCGGCUGGUGCGGGGGGAAGCACUGGAGAUCCCGCGGCGCCCUUCUUCUUCUUCUCCUCCUCCUCCUCUUCGACGGACCUGAGGAAUCCGUGCUGCGUCGCGACCUGUUGCUUUAAGAGCGCGCUCGUGGCGCUCGUGCUGACCGCCGCCUGCUUCUUCUCGGUCACGCUCGUGCGCCGCUACCUGAAGGACGCGCUGCUCUGGGUGGAGAGCCUGGACGGGCUGAUGGGCGCGAUGCUGUUCAUCGUGUGCCUCAUCACCGUGUCGUUCCCCUGCGGCUGGGGCUACAUGGUGCUCAACGUGGCCGCGGGUUACCUGUACGGCUUCGUGCCCGGGGUGGGCCUGGUGAUGGUGGGCGUGCUGAUCGGGACCUCGGUGGCGCACGUGGCGUGCCGGCGCCUGCUCUCCGGUUGGGUGCUGAGCCGCGUGGGGAACAACGAGCAGCUCGGGGCCGUCAUCCGGGUGGUGCAGGGGGGCAGCGGGCUCAAGGUGGUGGCGCUGGCCAGGCUCACACCCAUCCCGUUCGGGCUCCAGAACGCUGUGUUUUCGAUCACAGACGUGUCCUUGCCAGACUACCUGGUGGCUUCAUCAGCUGGCCUGCUGCCCACUCAGCUCCUCAACUCCUACCUGGGCACCACGCUGCGCACCAUAGAGGACGUUAUAGCCGAGCAGAGCAUCAGCGGAUACUUUCUGUUCAGUCUACAAAUCUUUAUCAGCAUAGGGCUGAUGUUUUACGUGGUGCACCGAGCGCAGGUGGAGCUGAACGCCGCCAUCGCCGCAUGCCAAAUGGAGAUGAAGACUUCGCAUAUGAACGGCAGCACGUCGAACCACGGCAGCUCCACAUACUGCAGCAAGCGGGCCUCGGCGUGCGGAGGGAUCAACAUCGUCUGACGCUCGCCGGCAAGCGGUUCGAUGUGCGUGCAUCAACACGCCCUUUUUUCAGUGGCGCGGUCCUGAUGGAAGGCGAUCAGGGCUAAAGGUGGCGUCCCAGGCCGGAGAAACGCCCGUUCAGGUUUAAUCGGAGCGCUGGGUUUGGAAAUUCUCUCCGGAGUGUCCCAGGAGGCCAGUAUUUUGUACUGCGAGAAGAAUAGAGCCUAAUAGUGGAUUUCUUUAUUUUAUUUUUUUUCUUGUUUCGAAAUGAUUAUUUUUUUAUAGAGUAUGGAUUUUAAUUAGAGUUUUUAUAUCUCAAGAGCAGGUGUUGAGCAUGCGGUUUUAGAGAGAACACUACAGUGUCGUGCAGUAAAGAGACAGCUGUCGGAGUAAAUGCUAUAUUGUAAUAUGCUUUUAGUAAUGCAUUUUACGUUUGCUUUUGGUAAAUUUCCAAAUCAUAAUGUUUAUUAUUAUUAUUAUUAUUAUUAUAACUAUUAUUACAGAAGACAUACCACCUGGCUGGAGAACGGUUGCUUUUAUGCCGAACCAGGAUCACAUUUGCAGUCCUUUACUUCUUCUAAGAACAGAUGGAAAGGAAGGCAUAUUUCCCAGCAGGGUGUGUUUAACAGCGUCCUGCCACGAUCCGUCAAGUGCGGCAUGAUGAAACUGAACAGUGGGAUUUUAUCCGCGUUCAGUCCCUUCGUUAUGUUGCUUGGACAGACAUGAUGAGCCUUUCUUUUUUUUUUUUUUUUUUCUUUUUUUUUGGAUCCUAUUUCACCAAAUGUGUUACAGGGCUGCUGGAAACCUGUUUUUAAUCAAAAAAAAAUUUCGCCUUUUUUAAUUCGGUACCGAUUUCCAUCGCAUUAUUAUUAAACGUGUGCAAUAUUUUUUGUUAGGCUGUCACUGUUAAACCUUCAGGUAAAACCGAAACAAAUGUAGGGAAUAUUCAUUUUUUUCGCACAUUUUAUUUUGAAGAAUGAAUUAAUUAUUAUUGUUAGUAUUAUUAUUAACGUUCCUAUAAUGGACUCAUGGGGUUAAAUAGAAAUAGAAAUGCAAGAACUAUUUGUUGGAGGCACUUUAAACCUAACCCUUCGUUCCGACACAGCUGUCCAUACAUUCUCAGCCACGAUUUCGCCAACAAGCAACGUUUCUUCAGACUUUGAGACGUUUCCGCAGUUCCUUUAGUUUGAAUACACUUAGUUCCUAUUUAGCGUCGCAAAAAUUACACCCAUGGCUUCAUUUUUUUUAUUCUUUCAUUCAUACAUGACCGUAUUAUUAAAUGUAUUUAGAGAUGUUGCAAAGUAAAUAGGAGUUUGGAGGGAAAGAGCGGAGAUCUGUGGUGGCUCUAUAACCAGUACAUUCGUCACGUAUACGUUACUGCGCAGUGACAUUCUGUAUUCUUGUUGGGUCAGAGCGCAGGGUCGGCCAUUAUACGCCACCGGGUUAAGGGCCUCUCUCAAGGGCGGCAACCUGGCACUCGAACCGCCGACCUUCUGAUCAGUAUCUCUGAACUUAAACACUCAUGAUAUAAGUCUUUCAUCGUAUGCACGCUUCUCACCAAGACCACCACUAAACUUUAAAACUGUCUAUAGUUUGUUCAGCCAUGGCAGCAGGCUUGCACCUUAUGAAUGCAUUAAAGUAAAAUAAUAAUAAUAAUAAUGCCUAUAAUAAUCCUAAUUUCAAUAAAAACACUAGCCUUUAAAACGUUUAUGCAAGAGAGGAGUACUGUGCAUAAGUCUUGAGUGCCAGUUUUUUCAUAUGUUGCUAUCAGAGAAUCAGAUUGUCAUGUAUUUUUAAUCUAGUCAUAAGGAAAUACUUCAAAUCCCUGUACCUGAGUAUUU